AUGAAUUGUGGUCUGAGUCCUGAUGUGGUACAUAAUGGUGAAACACCAAUAUUCCAUACCAUCAGAAAAAACAACAUCCCCGCUUUAAAAGUCCUUUUGGGUGCCAACUGUGAUCUAGAUGUGACGAGUACAACCUGGGGCGUGGAGAACAAUGGACAGGAAGCAAAGAAGGUCACGCCCAUUACCCUCGCCUACAAAUUCCACAAAAUGAGGUCUGUGGAACUAUUGGUGGAAGCAGGAUGCCGAUGUUACCAUUUAGGGUGGCUUACGGAGAGCAAUGAUGCCCAGAGUACGCUCAGAGACUGGUUCCAGAGUCGGAUUAGUAACCCAAGGUCUCUCAAGAAUCUGUGUAGAUUCAAAAUCCGGGGUGUUAUUGGACAUGUUCCACAUAAAAAGGUCGAACUUUUAGAACUGCCUCAAAAAUUGCAGGAUUAUGUAUUACUAAAGGACAUUUUAAGUUGA